AUGUCACUAUCUAUUGAAAAACAAAUCGAAUUAUUAUUAGCUGGCCAUCCUUUAGAAAUUGAUGACACGUAUGAUAUUAACCAUGCCGUACAAAAUGAUAUAGGUGAAAAAGGAACACCUAGUACUUAUAUACCAAUUUGUCAAAAAACUGUAACAUAUAUUGUUGCUGCUGUAGUGAUAAAUAAUCAAGGAGAAGUAUUAAUGAUGCAAGAAGCAAAAGCUACUUGCAAUGGAAAAUGGUAUUUACCUGCUGGCCGUGUUGAACCUAAUGAAAAUUUAAUAGAUGCUGUUAAAAGAGAAGUCUUAGAAGAAACAGGACUUAUAUUAAAUCCAGAAACAUUGAUACUAGUCGAAUGUGCAACUGGUUCAUGGUUUAGAUUUGUAUUUACUGGAAAAAUAACUGGUGGCAAAUUAAAAACAUUGGAAGAGGCAAAUGAAGAAUCAUUGCAAGCAUGUUGGGUGAAUAAUGUUAAUGAUCUAUCACUCAGAUCACAUGAUAUUGUAUCUUUGAUAGAGAGAGGUAAAACUUAUGUCACGAAUAAAAAUAUUUCACAACAUCCACAUUUAAUGCCAAUUAGUACACCAUUGUCUAAAUUAUUGUUGCGGCUAAUAGUCACUUCAAAAAAAAGAUCAACGAAUAAAUUGCACGUGCUUAUAUCAGACACCAUGCCAUUUCAUUUACCAAUUUGUGAAAUUAAUCCAAAUCGCAACCUCCUUUCUACUUUACAUAAUUUUAUGAAGGAAUUAUUUGGAAAUGGAGUUGCACAACAUAAACCACAUGGUAUACUUUCCAUAGAAUUUAGUGGAGGACAAGGAGGAGAUGGACUUUGUUUAACGUUAUUAGUAUCAUUUAAAUUACCUGUGGAAGACGUACCUGCUACAGGAAAAUUCAUUUGGCAUGAGUUACCCGAAAAUCUCGCGACAAGUAUUACUUAUCGUUUACCACGAAAUAUGACGGUGCCUUUAAAUUUGAUGUUGGUGUUAAAACACCAACUGCAUUUAUUAAUUCGUCAUCAUUACUUUCAUUCUUUAUAGGAACAAUGUUAUUUUCAAUAGGCAUCGGUUUAAUAUCAGUACUGUGGGUCAGUGGUAAAUUAUUGAAUGAAUUUAUAGAUGUAGUAUUACUGAGAUUUGCAGCACAUACUGUUUGCUUUACAUUGUUUUCACAUUGUUUAAUGCUAGUGUUAAUAUUUACAAUAUGUUUUUUCAUAUGAGUUGUUAAAUUGCCACUAUGAUAAAAAUCCUUUCCACAAACCUUACAUUGAAAUGGUUUAAUUCCAGAAUGUAUCCUCUCAUGUAUUGAUAAAUUGCCACUAUGUCUAAAUUCUUUACUACAUAUAGCACAUUUAUAUGGUUUUAUACCUGAAUGUGUUCUUAAAUGAGUCGAUAAGUUUCCACUGUGACUAAACAUUUUUCCACAAAUUUGACAACCAUAAGGUCUUUCACCAGAAUGUGUCCUCAUGUGGAUGGCUAAGUUUCCACUGUGGGUAAAACACUUUUCACAUUGAUUACAUUUAUAAGGUCGUUCUCCACUAUGAGUUCUCAUAUGUAUAAAUAAAUUACUUUUAUGUCCAAACUCUUUAAAGCAUAUUUCACAUUGACAUUUAAGCUUUUUUCCUAUAUUUGAAUCUGAAGAGCUUUUAGGUGGUCUUCCAGGACGAUUAGAUUUUAUAGGAGAUACAGGCUCAGAAAUUAUUCCUAUUUGAUUUGUAAACUUUGCUGCCUGCAUAUUUUGUGAAAAUUGUGACUGUCCAGCUUUUUGGGUCAUAUCUAUCUGACAUUGUUGAUUCAUUUGAUUCAAAUUUCCUCCUUGAUUAACUUGAAAAAGUGUAUUAUUUGGUACACAAUUUUUCAUAUAUGCUAAAGAGGUAUUUCCCUAAAAUAUUUUGUUUGUUAAUAAAAUGUUACAUAAAUUUAAAAAAAAUUAUAUAUAAUACUUAUUAAUACUUAUUAAUAAUUAUAAUAUUAUAAUAUUGUAAUAUUUAUAUAAAACUCACUUCAGAUUGAAAUAAAUUAUAUUGACCAUGAAUUUCAUUUUUUGGAUGUAUAUCAUUGGAUAACUGUGCAUGAUUCCAAAAUUGUGAUAUUUCAUAUUUACAAUCAACAUCUUCCUCAAUAAAUGUUUGAUAUUUGGAAUUGUUUGAAAUAUUAACUUUAUCAUCUGAAUUGACAUCUUCUAUUCCCUCACAUUCAUGUUUUAUUUGUACAGGAUUAAACAUCUACAGAUGUAUAUUAGAAAAGAAUUAAACAUCUACACAUGUAUACUAGAAAAAAAUUGUAAUUGACAUUUUUAUAUUAUUUAUUAGAAUUAA